AUGCGUCUCCGGGUGUGGGCCAAACUCCCGUGGUUGCUCGCGCAACUGCUCGCCAUGCUGUGCUCCACUGGACAGGCGCGUGCCAAACUAAACUCCAUCUCAACGGUGCUACUCCGGGAGUCGCACGCACCGUCAGCCGACAGGAGCACGGGUUCCCCGUUACCCGGUACCGUGAGGAAGAGCAGCAAGGUCCCSGAUCAGGUGUACCCCUGUGGCAGUGACCUGGAAUGUGGCAAGGGGAGCUUUUGCCAGGCUCCCUCCAGAAACCCCUCCCCACAACGAUGUCACACCUGCCGACAGAGGAAGAGGCGUUGUCAUAGAGACGCCAUGUGCUGCCCCRGCAACCAUUGYAGAAACAGUCAGGUGGGUGACCCGUGUCUCAGGUCUACAGAAUGUUCUGAAGGUCUGUGUUGUGCCCGUCACUUCUGGGACAGGAUCUGUAAGCCGGUGCUGAGGCAUGGGGAGGUGUGUACACGGCACGGCAGGAAAGGACAGCACGGCCUGGAGUUGUUCCAACGUUGUGACUGUGGAGAGGGAUUGGCCUGCCAAGCACUCCGUACAGCCCUGCCAUCUUCCUCAUCAUCAUCAUCAUCRUCGWMGUCGAAGUCGAUAGCAGCAGCAGCUAAAGCAAGAUUGUACUUGUGUCAGAGGGAGUGA